AUGGCCGAAGCUGCUGCACCGCAAGGGAAUGGGCCCAUGAAGCUUACAAUCACCCACCAUCGCAAGCCGGAACACACUCACGAGGCCUUCAUGAAGUGGAUCGUCGAGAAACACGUGCCCCUUGCCGUGCCCGUGUUCAAGAAGCACGGCAUCAUUGGGUAUUCCCUCUUCGAUACCCCGGGCUCCCUAAAUGGCGCGCUGGAGCAGGAGAUGAAACCGAUGCGGCCUACCUGGGAUUUUGCCGACUUCGACUGUGUCACCGAGUACACGCUCCCUGAUGUGCAGACCAUCCGGAGCCUCACGGCAGACCCUGAUUUCGCGGCUUCUAUCGCGGACCAAGAGGAUUGGGUCGACACGGCCAAGGCUAUGGUUUCCCUGGGGCACUGUACACCUUACUUGUUGGAAAGCGGAGAAGUUAUGAACGUGGCCGGGGCUUAA